AUGCCGGGACGAUAUCUUGGCCUUAGGGGCAAUGCCCUCCUUCGCGCUGCAGUAAUGCUGGUGGUCUGUCCAACCUUCACCUGUUAUGGUUACAACAUGAGUGUGGCCGGUGGCCUCUUAACACUCGAGUCCUUCAAUACCCAAUUUCCAAGAAUGCAGACAAUCAAUGUGCCGGAUGACGUGAAGGCAGCCAAUUCUCUGAUUCAAGGUACCGUCAUCGCUCUCUAUACUGUCGGAGGUAUCUUUGGUGCUCUAUCAUGUGUCUACCUGGGUGAUCUAUGGGGUCGUCGCAAGGUUAUCUUCGUCACCAACUUCGUUACUAUCAUCGGCGCAAUUCUCAUGGCAUCCUCGUUCCAAUUCGCCCAAUUCAUCGUCGCGAGACUGGUUCUCGGUCUAGGUAUUGGUGGAUAUGUCGCCACCGUCCCUGUUUGGCAAUCCGAGAUCUCACCGGCUCACAAGCGAGGUUCAAAUGUCGUUACGGAUGGUAUAUUCGUUGGUCUGGGUGUGACUAUUGCCCUGUGGAUCGAUCUCGGCUUCUACUUCGUCAAGGAUAACUCCGUCUCCUGGCGCUUCCCUCUCGUCUUCCAAGUUGUCAUGUCCAUGACCGCCAUGGUUUUCAUCACUAUGCUCCCAGAAUCACCCCGCUGGCUGAUCAAGACCGGCCAAGUCGAAAAGGGCCGUGAAGUCCUCUCUGCCCUGCUCGACGAAGAUGAGCAUUCCGCCGCCGUCAACGAAAGCGUCACCAACAUCGAAGCAUCUCUCGCAUACUGUGGCUCCGGAAGAUGGACCGAUAUGUUCAAGAACGGCCCCAACCGCAUCUUCCACCGUGCUUACCUCGCCGCUACUGGCCAGAUGUUCCAACAAAUGUGCGGUGUCAACCUGAUCACCUACUACGCCACCACAAUCUUCGAACAAUACCUUCACAUGGACGCCGUGCAGUCCCGCAUUCUCGCCGCCGCAAUGGGUCUCAUGCAGCCCUUUGGUGGCUACCUAGCCUACUAUACCAUCGAUCGACUGGGUCGCCGCCCCCUCAUGCUUUGGAGCGCAGGUGCAAUGGCGAUCUGCAUGGCCGGCCUGGCUGGCUGCACCGAUCCCGUAGCAGCGGACAACACUGGCGCCUUGGCAAUGGCUGUGGUAUUCCUUUACUGUUUCCAAUUCAUCUUCACGGUCGGCUACUCAGGCCUGACAUUCUUGUACGCAGCAGAAAUGGCACCUCUGCAGGUCCGCGCGGCCGUUAGUGCCGUGUCCACAGCCACGGUGUGGGCAUUCAACUUCCUGCUUGCAGAAAUCACCCCGGUCGGGUUCGACACCAUUGGAAGUCGGUACUAUAUUAUCUUUGCUGUGAUCAACGCCGCCAUCGUGCCGAGUGUAUACUUCUUCUUCCCUGAGACCAAGGGACGAUCGCUGGAGGAGAUCGAUGAGAUUUUCGCGCAGUCAAAGACCAUCUUUGAUCCCCCCAGGGUGGCGCGUGCUAUGCAAAGCCGCGUCGUGCACAUUGGUGAGACGAACUCUGAUGCUGAGAAUACGGGGUCUAAUGAUGAUGUUAUCAAGGAGGAGGUCAAGGCUUGA